CCGGUCCUAAAUCCUGCAAUUGUUUCAGAGAAUAUUUGAAUCCGUUGAGUUGGGUAGAACAUUGGUAUUCCAGUACUAGCAACAGUACAGCUAUGUACAGCCAGCAAAACAAGCCUGAAAGUAAACUAAAGCUGGAGCUUUGGGAGGAAUCAGGAUUGAGGCAGAAUAUACCUCUAUGGGAUGUUGGUUCUAGAAGUGUACAUACUGUAGAUGUUUAUCAGCAGCCCUGUAGAUCUGCGCUAAUUAACAUGGCUUCUGAUAUGCUGCUGCAGUACGUUUGUAAACAAACAUCACCUUCUCCGUACAGAUUAGCUGGUGAGACCCUGGCCAAAUCCAACCUGAAUCCCAACGCUAAGGAGUUUACCCCUAGGGGUCUCCUUCACCCCUAUAUAUCCCAGGAGAAACUAGAGGAGAUGAUUGAAGAGGAUAGAUUAGUCAACCAGGUCCUUAAAACUUCACUCAAGGAGGCCUUGGCUCCGAAGAAUCUAGGUAGUUUAGGGACUUUAGAGGUUGACAUGAAGAUGUUAAGUGUAAAUAGAACCGAGUUAUUAAACAAAGACAUUGACCCUUGCUUCAUGUUAAAACAAACAAGUAGUAAUCUAUCUGUUAAUAAGAAAUGUACCAACAAGAGCUGUGAUGUAAAUAUACAGAAAUCUACUGUAGAGUCUUCAGAUUGUGAUAAAUAUGAAGAUUUGUCUGUAAAAUCUUCCAGUUUUGAUGCACAUGAGAACAAAUCAUUUGAAGAAACUGCAAAUAUCGAUCCACACACAGAGAAGUUAACUGAUAAACAAUUAGAAAACUGUGAUGAACUAAUAAUUGAUAAAGAUGGAGUUCAGGCUCGAACUGAAGAUGGGACUAAAGCUGUUGAACUUGUACAGGAUCAUUUCCAUAACAAUGUUAAGAAUGAGCAUACCGGAGAACUUGGAGAAACUAACGACGAUGUCACUAAGUUUGAAAGUCUCAAGAAUUCAGAUCUUCCAAGUUCAAAUAGCUCUGACGAAAGUAUAUUUAAUCCUUGUCAAACCACAGAUACAGGUUCUUCCAAUUCUCUUUUAAACCAACUGGAAAGCAUCCAAUUAGAGAACCUUACGCCAUUACUCAGCCAAUCAGAAUCCAACUCUUCCACUAGACAACCAGAUGAUUGUUUACUUUUCUCUAACCAAUCAGGAUCCAACUCCUUAGCUUUCAGCCAAUCAGAAUCGAGCAUAAGCAGCCAAUCAGAUCAAUCUGAUCUUAGCUCAUCUCCCGGCUCUUCAAUAGGAAGUUUUUCAAGAAAUCUAAGUGAGAGUUCUGAGGAUGAUUUUGUUCAGUUUCUGAGUCCUAGAUUAGUUUUAUCAAGGGAAGAGAAGAAAUCUGUAGGAUCAGUCUCGACCAUUCAAAAGGAUACGAAGACAGAUGAUGAGAAUGUGGAGACUGAAACAGCUGAUGAGGAUGAAGAUUGGGACGAGGUUGAUGGUGAUGAUAUCCCUGCCCCUGAAUUUGAUUUGGAAUUUCUGUCACCUUUGUUUUUAACAAACAGCACUGGGGCCACACAGUGUUCCGCCCUUUCUUCUGCCAACCCCAACCCCGCCCUGUCCUCACUGAAACCUAGCUCCCCCUUCCCUAGUAUCAAACCUAGCUACGACCCUAGAAUCCAACCUAGCUCCGCCUCCCCUAGUAUCCAACCUAGCUUCACCCCUCCUAGUAUUCAACCUAGCUCCGCCUCCCCUAGUAUCCAACCUAGCUCCGCCUCCCCUUAUUGCCAACCUUGCUCCACCUCACCUAGUAUCCAACCUUGCUCCGCCUCCCGCCAACCUAGCUCCGCCUGUCCCCGACUUCACUUCUCCCUCUGUGUUUACCCUCGAAUCACGAAGGAGGAAACUAGGAAAGAAUCAAACUUGUUUGAGCUAAGGAUGAAGGAUGAUACACCAAAGAUAUCUGAUCUGAAUAUUGAAGAUGAAGAAGUUAAGAUCUCAACUCUAGAAAAGAUAAAUAGAAUCUGGAAUGCAGUACCUAAUGUUGCCAGGAAGAAUAUGGUGGUUGUACAGUUUAGUUCAGAUCCAGACACUCUUCAUUGGGAACCAGAGGGACAAGUAGAUAAUCUUAAACAGGCUCGAAUUAGUGAUUUCCAGACUCGUAAAGCUGAUAUGGAACGCAUGCAUCGACUUCUUAGUCCUAUCCUAACAACUCAGCAUAGACAGAAAAUAUACUCAAAACUAUAUUUAUGAUCAAGUUUGGCAAUUAAGAAGAUAAACUAGAAAAAAAAUACUACUGAUAAAAUUCAGCUAAACUGUAAUUCGUCUCGACAGCAUUCUUUCAUCCCCGAUGCUGAAAUGUACAAUAGAUGCAGGACACGUAGUUGUACAGCUCAUGCAUGUUACGUACAGUACAUGAACCAGUGCAGUUUUCAAUGUACAAUUACCCUCAGUCCUCACCACUACUAGUCAUUGGAUUAUAUUUUAGUAUAUAUGAUAUGAUAUCAGCAUCAAACUAUAGGUUAUAUUGGAUUAUAUUUUAGUAUAUAUGAUAUGAUAUCAGCAUCAAACUAUAGGUUAUAUUAUUUCAAUGCUUCACGGACAGUGUUCACUAAAUAAGUUCGCGCACAUAUUUUUAUCCAAAAUCUUUAACACUAACUUGAACCAGAUUUAAGAUUGACGAGAAGAAGCUGAACUGCUUCUCUUGUUUAGUGUGAUUCAACUAAGUCCUCGUAGUUCCAACAACUUCACAUCAUGAAGUCUGGUUCAUGAACAAUUAAUAUUAUUUAAUGUGUACAUUUAUCAUUCAUUAAAGCUCAGAGUAUUUAUUUAUAUUAUAAGGGGAUUUAUAUAGCUUGGCGAUUAAAUUAUUUUUAAUAUUGUUGAACUCCAGUGUGAUCACAAAUAUUGUCAGAAAAGUCAAAUAUUUUUUUAUUUUGUCACGUGUUAUAUUUCCAAUAUAGUUAAGUACGAGGUCGACUUAAGUCACUUCUGGUACAGUUCUUAAUGAUCAUAAUUGCUUCCCAAGAACUCUGAAAACUUGUUUCAAAUCCCACGUUUGUUGGUAAUUCCUGUAUCUAUUAAUUAUAAUUUAUAAUGCACAAAAUGCUUGUCAAUAUAUUUAAAAACUAUUUAUUA